CUGGUACGUGUCUAUAUGAAACUCAAUCUAUAAUGUAUUGAUGGUGUUGUUGCUGCGCAGGAGUACUCUUGCCUGCAAUGCUGGAUUUGGACAGAUGCAUCGAAUUUGAUUGCGUUGCACGCUAGAUCGAGACACCGGAUUCGAACGAAGAAGAGCAAGCAAGGAAAGCACAACAAUGGAUUUUGUCAUCAUCUCUAAUGGCAGACGUGUUCCAACAACAGCCAUCUUUACCUUCUGCUAUCAUCCUCUUCUUCUUCCCCCAAUUUCGCCACAAUUCUCCUCAAUUUCGCCUCUUCCCCACUCAAAUCAAAAUAAAAAUCAAAUCCACCAAUGGCGGCGCCACUCUCCUGCCGCAGAUUCCUCACAAUCGUUUCAAAAUCCUCCGUUUCUCUGAUAAGCGCAAUCGUAUUUGCUUUUCUGGACGCACUCGAUGCCGUAAUGUGCUUGUUCUUCAGAGUUCUGGACGAGCUAUUGGAAGGAGAGUCCUCUCCCUGCUACUGUUCUGCUGCGAGGAAAGGGGAUCGCGUUGAGAAGGAGAUGUCGGAGAGCCUUUUUGGGAGGGGGAACAUGAUUAGGGAUUUGGUAGGGAGAAUUGGGGGCGGGAAUUGGGGAUUUGGAUUUGGAUUUGGUGGUGUGGGCAAAUUAGGGAAGAUCAGAUGGUCUGAUUGUGGAUGCAGUUCGUGCGUUUCGUGGAUGAGAAUAAAUGGGGAAGAUGAUGAUGAUGAUGAUGAUGAUGAUGAAUACAGACUGCAUUUGGUCGUUCAGCAGCCGGAAAGAGCUAUGCAGGAGAAUGACUCCGGCGACGCUGCAAAUGUGCAAAAUGUAAUAUUUAUCCACGGCUUUCUCUCAUCCUCGACUAUCUGGAAGGAAACUGUGUUUCCUAACCUGUCUGAACUUUCCAGACAGAGCUACAGGUUAUUUGCCGUUGAUCUUUUAGGCUUUGGAAGAAGUCCAAAACCGAGGAAUUGCUUGUACACGCUUAAUGAUCACCUAGAAAUGAUCGAGAAAUCGGUUAUUCUUCCUUAUCGGAUGAAGUCCUUUCAUGUGGUGGCGCAUUCCAUGGGAUGUGUUAUUGCACUUGCACUCGCGGCUAAGUACUCAGCGUCCGUUAAAUCAGUCACUCUAAUUGCGCCGCCUUAUUUCUCAUCUUCGAAAGGGAAUGCUAGUUUUGAAGCACUUAGACAACUUGCCCCUAGGCGAGUAUGGCCACCAUUGCUCUUUGGUUCAGCUUUUAUGACAUGGUACGAGCACCUUGGCCGGUGCGUGUGCUUCUUUAUUUGCCGCAACCAUAGGCUUUGGGAAUGGUUACUAAAACGACUCACUAGAACAAGGGAACUCCAUUUCUUGAUAACCGAUUUGGCGCUCCACACUCAUCACUCGGCAUGGCACACUAUGCACAAUGUGAUAUGCGGAGGCGCAAAAAUGCAAGACGAGUACUUGAAAGCUAUCAUCAAUGGUGGCGGCGUUAGGGUUCAUGUGAUACAUGGAACGAAUGAUCGAGUAGUGCCGGUGGAGUGCAGUUACAAUAUGAAAGUGACGGCUCCGGCAAUCGAGCUAGAAAUAGUUCCGAAUGCCGAUCAUAACAGUGUGAUUAUGGGCCGAGGAAAGGAGCUUACAAAAAGGUUAGAGGGCCUGUGGGCUUCGACUCUGUAAUUCUUUAUAGUUUGAUUUUGAUAAGUUUGCUCUGUUUAUCCGGCAUUUUUCGUAUAAGGAAUUGUGUUAAAAAUAUAUAAUAUAAUAUUAUUUUAAAUUGAAUAUUUGAUUUUUGUAACAGAGUA